UGGCGAUGUAGUGCCAGGAGGGAGGGCUUUCCGCCGCAGCUCUCGCUGAUUGGAGCCCCGAUUCCUUUCGGGUCUAGACAGCUUCGGCCAUUCGGUUUGGCAUUCACGGAGAACACUUAGCCGGGUUGCGUAAGCGUUAGCAGGCUGCUGCUCCUUCUUCCCCUCCCUCCUCCCCCUUUUUUGGUGUAGUAUGGAAGAAAGCGCAGCGGCGCCUUUCGAGUCCGACGGAACGGGACGCUCGUUUCAGCAUUCUCGAAGGGCACUUAGUAAGGGUGCGUAAGCGCGGCUAUCCCUAGCAGCCCAGAGAGAGAGUACGGAAGCCGCCGCCGGAACAAAUAGCGAAGGAGGAACUGCAACGGCCCCAGAGCGCGCAGCGGACAAAGGAGCUCGGGCGAAAAGGCGGCGCCAAGCGCGACCCAACGCUUCAGCCGGCCGGGCCGGGAGGAGCCGCCGCCGCCGCCGCCAGCAGCAGCAGUAGCAGCAGCAGCGGCGCCAUGGACAGCCCUGCCGCCCUCGUUGUCCGCCAACCGCACUGCAGCGCCCUCCGCCUGAGCCGCCCCUCCGGACGCCACUUGCCCGCCUUGUGGGCGCUAUGAGGAGAAGCGCCAGGCCUGGCUUGUCCCCGCGCUGAGGAGAAAAAGAACGACUGAGGGAAAGGGAGGAAGGAGCCCCUUCGUCGUCAGGCCAUCACCUCACACGCCGCCACCGCCUCUCCUCACACGGCCCCGCCGAAUUUUGCUGGCGCCGGAUCCUUUUCGGAACCAGGCUCCACAUCUCCCGCCUCUUAGGCGCCUCGCAUCUCGUAUUCCUCCGCCAGUCGGAGGGGGGCGAGGAAUAGUCCGCCCUUUUUACCGUGUCUCCCCAGCGCCCCCACCCCGGGGUGGGGGGAGGAAAAGAAGAGGGAGAAAAGGGGGGGGCACCUCUUUUUUCUCUCUGCUGCCGCCGCCGCCGCCUCCUUCUCAUGUGACUGAUUUUCCACUAAGGAAGGACGGGAGGAGCAGCGCCCCGGAAAAAGCCCGGCUCCUCUUCUUCCCUCGCAUCGGGAAAGGGGCCGUCGGUGGGCGGGGGGGCGGCGACUGGAUUGUGCAGGGUUGGGCCGCCGCGGGCCCCGGCGCCGCCGCUGCAGGAAAGGAAGAGGAUGGCGGCCCUCUCAGGAUAAGGCGAAAAAGGGCUUUGGGGGGGAAGAGACAGUCUUUGAGGGGGAGCCCCCCUUUAUUUUUUAAGGGUGGGUUUUUUUUGGUGGAAGGGAGAGCCUGGAUCUGUACGCCCUCCGCCUUUAUCCUUCCCUUUCGGCACCUGAGGAGGAAGAAACGGAGCGAAGAGGAGCGAAGGGGAGUUGAUCCGGCGAGAGCGGGGGGUGGAAAGGCGAGGAACCAUGUCAGGGCGGCCGAGAACCACCUCCUUUGCAGAAAGCUGCAAGCCGGUGCAGCAGCCUUCGGCGUUUGGCAGCAUGAAAGUUAGCCGAGACAAAGAUGGCAGCAAAGUGACCACAGUGGUAGCAACUCCUGGGCAGGGUCCAGACAGGCCUCAAGAAGUUAGUUACACAGACACCAAAGUGAUUGGAAAUGGAUCUUUUGGUGUUGUAUAUCAAGCCAAACUCUGUGAUUCAGGAGAACUGGUUGCUAUUAAGAAAGUUCUGCAAGACAAGAGGUUUAAGAAUCGAGAGCUUCAAAUCAUGAGAAAGCUCGAUCAUUGUAACAUUGUCAGAUUGCGCUAUUUCUUUUACUCCAGUGGAGAGAAGAAAGAUGAGGUAUACCUUAAUUUGGUUCUGGACUAUGUUCCUGAAACAGUAUACAGAGUUGCCAGGCAUUAUAGUCGGGCCAAGCAGACACUCCCGAUGAUAUUUGUGAAGUUAUACAUGUAUCAACUAUUCCGAAGUUUAGCCUAUAUCCAUUCCUUUGGAAUAUGCCAUCGGGAUAUAAAACCACAAAAUCUUUUGCUGGACCCCGACACAGCUGUCCUAAAACUUUGUGAUUUUGGAAGUGCAAAACAGCUAGUUCGUGGAGAGCCUAACGUCUCUUAUAUCUGCUCUCGGUACUAUAGGGCACCAGAGUUGAUCUUUGGAGCUACAGAUUAUACCUCCAGUAUAGAUGUUUGGUCUGCAGGCUGUGUAUUGGCAGAGCUGUUGCUAGGACAACCAAUUUUUCCAGGCGACAGUGGUGUAGAUCAGUUGGUGGAAAUAAUCAAGGUCCUUGGAACUCCUACAAGAGAACAGAUUAGAGAAAUGAAUCCAAACUACACUGAAUUUAAAUUUCCCCAGAUUAAGGCACAUCCAUGGACUAAGGACUCGUCAGGAACAGGACAUUUCACCUCAGGAGUACGGGUCUUCCGGCCCCGCACUCCACCAGAAGCAAUAGCGCUAUGUAGCCGUCUGCUGGAAUAUACCCCCACUGCACGCCUGACUCCGCUGGAAGCGUGUGCACACUCUUUCUUUGAUGAAUUACGGGACCCAAACAUCAAAUUACCGAGUGGGCGAGAGAAACCUGCACUCUUUAACUUCACCACUCAAGAACUGUCAAGUAAUCCAUCUCUGGCUUCGACCCUCAUACCUGCUCAUGCUCGGAAUCAAGCAGCUGCUUCAACCCCGACAAAUGUUCCAGCAGCCUCAGAUGCCAAUGCAGGAGAUCGAGUUCAGACCAAUAAUGUAGCUUCAGCAUCAGCCUCCAACUCCACCUGAACUGGUCACAAGCAGCAACCUGUACAGGAACAAUCGCCAGUAAUUUUGAGUCUUGCUCAGCAACGCUGGUCACAUUUGGAAAGAAAAUUUAAAAAGAGGAAAAAACCCUGUUCAUUAUAGUGUUCGAUUUUUUUUUUAUUAUUGUUGUUCUUAUUUAACCUUGUAAAAUAGAAAUUCAAACCAGUUUCAUUGUGUGCUCACUCUGCGGGCCCUUUGGGGCAGGGGAAUAGGUGGGGUGGGAAGAGGGGAAGUGGAGCAAUAGAACACACCAGUCUCUUCCCAUGACAAUCUUCUAAUUUCAAACAAUUGCUGUUGUGUACUUUAGAAUCAGGAAUCUUAUCUCAUGCCCUCCCACAACAGAAAGGAGAACCCUCAUUCUGCUGAAGCUCCUUUUUUUAAGCCUUGUAUUUUUAAGUGAAGUUUCAACUUUUGGUGUAGUGCACAACUUGAAUUUGGUUGGGAGCUUAGCAGGAGUUGCUCACCAUGAAUAACAUACACAGGAGACCUUAACUAUCUUUGAGUUGGGAUGAGGAGGAAGCAAAAUGUGAGGUCUAAAAUACACUGAAUUGCCAAAGCCGGGGAUGGGGUGGGGUGGGGCAAUUGCUGUAUGGAUAAAGCUUAAGGGCAAAUCUUGAUCUUAAAUUCUGUUCUAGCAUUGGAGAAUUCUGCAGAUAUGUAUGUUACAUAUACACACACAGACUAUCGGCUUGAAUGAAAAAUGCUCAUUCACCUACCUUAAAGAUCCCUGAACAUUACAGGUUCUGUAAAGCACAAAAGAGGCCAUAGUCAGUCACUUGCAUUCUUCAACAGGUGGGAGCAAGUGUACCUAUCCCUCCAGGUGCAGAAAACAGACAGGAAACCAGUGGAGAGGUACUUCUGCACCUUGCCCACCUUCUUUUUUAAACUCUAAACUGGCUUCUUUCUCAAAGAAGCAAACAGGAAAACAAUGCCAGGGGUUGUAACGUGAAUGGACGUAAACUUCCAUUGCAAUUGGAGCUUUCAAAUCAACACAUUAUUUUUAGGUGAUUCUAAAAUCCAAAUCUAGAAUUUGUAUUUAAUUUCACCUCUCUCUUUUUUUUUAAAGCUCCCUUCUUUCUAAUCUUUAUUUAUUGAUCUUCCACAGUUGCUGUUGUGAUGCUUUCACAAUGGUAGUAUAUUAAUAAGUAGACAAAUCAGUUUACUUGCUCUUGCUGACUUAUAGAAAGCUAAGUGUGUGUGUAUAUAUGCACAUAUACAUAUACAUAUAUAUAUAUUAUAAAUAUAUACAUAGAUACAGUGCUGCUUUUUAUUUUUUAAUCUAUAAUUGGUCUGACUGAAGCAGAAAUGCCUGUUUCUAGUGUCUGUGUUCUGGGUUAUUUUGUAGUGGCAAAAAGUCAAGUCUCUCUGUUUUUGAAGUGAAAGCAAUACUUCUUGAAAGGUGUUAGGGAAGUUGCGAGAAGGAAUGCCAUUGCUGCCGUAGUAACCGAGACAGGCUCUUUACGUUCUAGCUUUCUACUUGGAUUGAGAGAUGUGCUCACCUAGCCUUACACUCAUUCAAAUGAAUCUCAGUCAUCUUGGUGCUUGUGUGGGUUUAUUUCAUUGUUGAAUCUUUUGAAACGUGAUUUGCUGAUUUGGCCCUGGGGAAACUCAGCAUUAUGCAAAUGCAGCCACUCGAAGGCAACAGGGCUCAGGGCCUCCUCUUUCCUCUUUGUUCCCAUGUUUAUGAAGCUGGGUAUGAGAGGGAUACAAAGUCUAAUCUGAUUAAAGGUGCUUGUCAAAGGAGGGAGCUGUUUGGCUGUCUUAAAAAAGGAUGAAUAGAAAGUUCAGAUACAUUGUUAUUAAAAUAGCUUCAAGGGGAAUGGGUAUGGAACCCAUAUUUAAAUACCCCAGUUUUCUAUAAAUGAGAAUCCUGGAAGGGGAUCUUGCUGCAGGAAAGGAGCCUAUAGGUGUCUUCCAUGUUGAUUUACGGCCCUCACGAUCAGAGCUCUUGAGACACUUGAACAAGCAGGAGGAUGACAUAGAGAAAACUCGAUUUGCAGUCAUGAGAGCAGGACAGUCCAGGCUCAGAAGAGAGAUGGUGUCUUAGGAUUUGCAUUACUUUCUGUUAGUUUGAUGCUAGCAGGGAAGAAGAAUGAAAAGCGUUAAUAAUUUUUUUAAAAAAUUGUGUGUGUGUGUAUGUGUGUGUGUCAGUAUGUGUAAACUGAGAUCCUGAUGGUUUUAUUUUCUCAAGGAUCAUGGCGGGACUGCAGACAAAAUUUUAUACAAAUCUAGAUCCAGGUGUUUCAAUACCAUUUUUGUAAAUAAACAAGACAAAAGCUCCUCACCAAAUUCAAGUUUGUACAUUAGUUGUUCUUAAAAUUUUGAGUUGUAUUGCUUUGUAUGUAAAUAUGUGGACCCAGGAACUGCUGUUAAUGAGCAAAACGUUACCAUUCAGGGCAGUUAAAUCUGUUUUAAUAAUCAGACAAAAUGUAGACGAGCUUUUUAAAGCCAUAUAGUUCUAACUCUGUACAGUAGAUAACCGGCCUGUAUUAUUGUAACAAUAACUCUAGCGAUGUAUAGUAUAUCUAUAUAGUUUGGAGUGCCUUUGCUUCCAUAAUCUUUUUAUUUUAUUUUAUUCCUUUUUUUGUACCAGAUGUCUCACACAUGGAAAUCUUUGUUUCCCUUCUUUGAGUUAUUUCAUGUCAGUAGUAUAAUUAAAAAGAAAAUUCAUUCGAUUUUUUUUUUACUUCAAACCAUGGCUUUGUUUGUAGGUGUUUAAAAGUUUCUCUCCCUUACCCCACAAUAGCAGUGACCGGUUUCAUUUUAUGUUUGCUAUCUUGGCAUCUAAGUGGCAAGUUUACAUUUUGCUCGUCUUUUCCCAGCACGUUUGUCAAGAGCUACUUGUAGGCAACAGCUUCUAGAAGCUUUAGUUUAGUCUUUGUUUCUGUAGAGGCAAAAUAGGGCUUUGCAAAGAAGCUGUCAUGGAAUGGGGGUGGGGGCAGCAGUGGGGUGGAAGAAUUGGGAUCUCACUCACACAUCCUUUCUGCUUUUUUUGGCCGUAGAUUUAUCUGUGGUAUUGAGAGUCUGUAGUUGUAGAUUAUCACUUGCCCUCCCUCUCACCCUGAAGUUUUAUUUUCUUAUGAAAGUCAUUUUGAAGUUGACCUUAAUUUCUGUGCCCAGCACAAAGGCCUUGCUUUGAAAACUUUGCUCACUUGUGUGUUUGACCUUGUUAGUAUUCCACGUGAGAUUCUCUUUGAUGGCAAAAUGCUGAACUUUUUAUCAAACCAAAGGUUGCUGUUUUGUUUUUGG